AUGUUUGGGAUGCUUGGUAUAACCCUUUUCGGUUGUUGGCUGUUGCUUUCUAGGCAAGGUGACCAACUUGCUAUUGGUAAGGAGUCGCAGACUUGGAAUGGGAAUAAACAUGUAUCCCUUUUUCGGCUUUUCAAGGAGUACGCGCAAGCGGUAGGAACCAACAAACCCCAUGGACGAAUAUGUCUCUCAAAGGUAGCAUGUUAUGAAUAUGUUUUAGAACUCUUUGUGAGAACCAAACAGAGUUUUUGCCACAUGUUGUAG